AUGAAUCCCGUCGCAACAGCCUGGGUUCGCGCGUGUCGCGGAGCACCAACUCGCUGCAUCGUCCUGACGUACCCAUCAAACAUUACCAGCUUCUCCGUGUCGAGACUACAUCGAAGACACGCACCUCAGUCUCAGCAGGCCCCUUUUUCUUCAUUACGGCCAGCCCGCGAAGCUCAACGGGCCCAUGACAACGUCUCGUCGGUGUCCGAAGAUCCUCUUAUUUCCAGCAGCGCCGCCCAAUCCUCUCCCCUUUCGGGAGCCACCGCUGGGUCGAUACCAUUGUCGUCAACGACGAACACCCCCUUCAAUUCCACUACACCGGUCGCGUAUGCAGCAGAGAACCCCGAUGAUGCUACGAAGCCUGCAAAGGGCCACACGUUGGUCGGCCGGGUGUCUCGGGUCGGUACCAUGAACAAGACGGUUCGCGUGAGCCGCACGAUCCAGGUCUGGGACAGACACCUGCGAAAAUACUACAAGCGGAAGGCGCACGACAUGGUGCACGACCCGUUCAACAUUCUGAACGAGGGCGACGUGGUCGAGUAUGGCUCACAUGCUGCCUCGAUAGUACAAGCACCGUCCUCUGUUCGCGACGAGGUGCACGCGGCGAUCGGUGCCGUGCCGGAGAGCACCGGAAGCGGAAGUGAAGGCGAAGGAAAGGCACCUGUGAACAUCACCUACGCCCCGUCGGGUGUAUCGAGUUUAGCUGCGGCCGGCACCACCGGCGGCGUCACGGGCACGAGCAUCGGCGUGGCCGCUCCUACAAAGAACGUCAAAUACGUGGUACACCAAGUCAUCACGCCGUUCGGGCUUCCUGUCCACAUGAGGCUGCCACGCACCGUCGGCAGUCCCAAAGGCCGGUGGGAAGGCACGGCAGGAGAGGUCUUGAAGGGCAAUGUGCGGCAGAAAGCCCGAGGGAAGUCCAAGGCUCGUUAA